AUGACCGCAGCUACCGAAUCUCACGAGGCAACCGCAACAGUUAAGAAGAAGCGAUCACGUCGUGGACGCAAAGACAACACUCCCGGUCCUGUCACACUCAAACCGAAAAAGACCUUGUUUGUGGAUGAUCUAGGGAAUGCCUUGGUUGACCAGCUCUACGAAACAUCCAACCGCAACGACGAUGAUGACAACAGCAGGGCCUCGUCAGUUUCCCUCAUGGAGCACUUGCAGAACAACAUCGCAACACGUAACGCGACACCUUCAUGUUCCAGUUCCGUGAGCUUUCAUACAGUAUCUGAUUCCAGUCCAGCGACGAGCGUGAACAGUCAUGAACCCUUCGUCACUCGCUCACAAGUACCAACCAAGAUCGAUGUCCUACAGCCAACCACCCAUAUCCCCCAUCGAAGCACCGAUUCCUUUCACACAAAAGCAGAAGACCAGGACCGAGAUGUGGUAUUCAAACUCGACGAUCUCGAUACCAUGACAGCCAUUCAGCACAUAGCUGCACAACAUGGCAGAGUGGCACACAUGGGCAUUCUCGAUCACAGCUACCGAUUCUUCGUGAACAAAUCAAGGUCAGCAGCUUUGUCAUUUAAGGUCCGGAAUCGCGUGGCAGUGAUCGGCGGAGACCCAUUAUGCAACAAGGAUCAAAUCCCCGAGCUGCUAUCCGAGUUUGCGACCUACCGACAACAGCAUCACUUGAGCAUAGCUUUCAUGGGCGCCAGCGAGUCCUUCCUCAAACACCAUGCCAAACCAAACAAUUGGACAACAAUCCGCUUCGCCACAGAGCGCGUGCUCAACCCCCAGACAAACGAAGUGAUCCUUGAAAAUAGCGGGAAACGCAUCUUGACCAAGAGCCGUCAACUCACAAACAAAAACAAAGGCGGCAUCACCAUGGGCGUAUACGCCCCCGCCGUUCACGGCACGAACCAACAGCUACAAUCUAACUUAAUCACCCUCUACGAUGCCUGGCGCGCCGAGCGCAACGCCUCUGCCAGCCCACAGGCCUUUAUAACCGUCUACGACCCCUUUGCUAUACCCGCUCUAAUGACAUUCAUCUACACCCGCACCCCAGACGGAACCGUCAACGGUUUUGCCGCGCUUCGACGCCUCGGUUCCGGUGGCUACCAUAUCGACCCAUGCAUCGCGGCCCCAGGCAGCGUGAAUGGAAUCAGCGACCUCCUCCUCAUCAUGGCAAUGGCUCUCCUUCGACGUGCCGGCAUCUCACACCUCGGUCUAGGCGUCGAACCCCUCCAAUCACUCACUCGCGAAGACGUCAGCGGCAUGCCGUGGCCCUGUAAGAAGUUCACACGCGGCUUGUACGGACAUGCGUUCCACCGUCUACCCAUCGGCGGAAAAAAGGCAUAUCAUGACAAAUUCCGUCCGGACCCUACCCAGGACUCGGACCUUUAUCUUGUUUUCCCAUCGGGCAUACCCAGUCCCCGACACGUGCUUGCUAUGACCCACAUGGCGAAUAUCAGUCUGCGAAAGAUAUUCCGGGCGGAUGUUCAGGCUUUGGUGUUGACUCGGAAGUUCAAAGCUGGUGAUGAGGUUGUCAUCUCGCGUCAGAAGAAGGAAAAUCGUGCGGACCAGACUAACGGUAAAGGGUUCGAGGAGGAACUUCGUGUAUACUAUUCUCCCUGUGCGGAUUAA